AACCUCUUUACCCCACAUGCCUGGGAAGCCAGGGGCCAACAUGGAUCUUGUCCUCGACAUCAGCUAAGCCUGGAGGACUCUUCCCUCAGAGACCAUGGAGAGGGACAGCCACGGGAAUGCAUCUCCAGCAAGAACACCUUCGGCUGGGGCAUCUCCAGCCCAGGCAUCUCCAGCUGGGACACCUGCAGGCCGGGCAUCUCCAGCCCAGGCAUCUCCAGCCCGACCAUCACCAGCCCAGGCACCUCCAGUCCGGGCAUCUCCAGCCCAAGUAUCUCCAGUCAGGGCGUCUCCAGCCAGGGAAUCUCCAGCCAGGGCGUCUCCAGCUCGGUCCUCACCUUCCAGGUCCUCAUCCGGCAGGUCAUCAUCUGCCAGGUCAGCCUCCGUGACAACCUCCCCAACCAGAGUGUACCUUGUUAGAGCAACGCCAGUGGGGGCUGUACCCAUCCGAUCAUCUCCUGCCAGGUCAGCACCAGCUGCCAGGGCCACCAGGGAGAGCCCAGGUACGAGCCUGCCCAAGUUCACCUGGCGGGAGGGCCAGAAGCGGCUGCCGCUCAUCGGGUGCGUGCUCCUCCUCAUUGCCCUGGUGGUUUCGCUCAUCAUCCUCUUCCGGUUCUGGCGGGGCCACACAGGGAUCAGGUACAAGGAGCAGAGGGAGAGCUGUCCCAAGCAUGCUGUUCGCUGUGACGGGGUGGUGGACUGCAAGCUGAAGAGUGAUGAGCUGGGCUGCGUGAGGUUUGACUGGGACAAGUCUCUGCUUAAAAUCUACUCUGGGUCCUCCGAUCAGUGGCUUCCCAUCUGUAGCAGCAACUGGAAUGACUCCUACUCAGAGAAGAUCUGCCAGCAGCUGGGCUUCGAGAGUGCUUACCGGACAACCGAGGUUGCCCACAGGGAUUUUGCCAACAGCUUCUCAAUCUCGAGAUACAACUCCACCAUCCAGGAAAGCCUCCACAGGUCUGAAUGCCCUUCCCAGCGGUAUAUCUCUCUCCAGUGUUCCCACUGCGGACUGAGGGCCAUGACCGGGCGGAUCGUGGGAGGGGCGCUGGCCUCGGAGAGCAAGUGGCCUUGGCAAGUGAGUCUGCACUUCGGCACCACCCACAUCUGUGGAGGCACGCUCAUUGACGCCCAGUGGGUGCUCACUGCCGCCCACUGCUUCUUCGUGACCCGGGAGAAGGUCCUGGAGGGCUGGAAGGUGUAUGCGGGCACCAGCAACCUGCACCAGUUGCCUGAGGCAGCCUCCAUCGCGGAGAUUAUCAUCAACAGCAACUACACUGACGAGGAGGAUGACUAUGACAUCGCCCUCAUGCGGCUGUCCAAGCCCCUGACCCUGUCUGCUCACAUCCACCCUGCUUGCCUCCCCAUGCAUGGACAGACCUUUAGCCUCAAUGAGACCUGCUGGAUCACAGGCUUUGGCAAGACCAGGGAGACAGAUGACAAGACAUCCCCCUUCCUCCGGGAGGUGCAGGUCAAUCUCAUCGACUUCAAGAAAUGCAAUGACUACUUGGUCUAUGACAGUUACCUUACCCCGAGGAUGAUGUGUGCUGGGGACCUUCGUGGGGGCAGAGACUCCUGCCAGGGAGACAGCGGGGGGCCUCUUGUCUGCGAGCAGAACAACCGCUGGUACCUGGCAGGUGUCACCAGCUGGGGCACAGGCUGUGGCCAGAGAAACAAACCUGGUGUGUACACCAAAGUGACAGAAGUUCUUCCCUGGAUUUACAGCAAGAUGGAGAGCGAGGUGCGAUUUGGAAAAUCCUAACCAGCUGGCCUGCUGCUCUGCACAGCACCGGCUGCUGUGAAGACUCUGGCUACAGUGACUGGCCAUGUGUGGCAUCAUCUGGGCUAAUGGCCACCAGGCACCGUCGGACUCUCACCUCCACUGUCUGCUGUCUGUGUGUGUGUGUGUGUAGUGUGCAUUGCCACUCUUGAGUUUUUCAGAAACCAGCAGAGCUGUCAACUCUUCUCAAAAUCCCAGGCUGGAAAUUACCUGGAGACAAGAGCCUGAGGACUGUGGAUGUCCCUACAGCGGUGUCCAUAGAUGGAUGGAGGAGGUGGAGCCCAGAGCGCAAGGAAGGGCCUGGAAUUCUUGCUUCUCUGACCCUCACUUACAGACUAGCCCCGUGUGGAUAGAUGCCAGCAAAACAGGUGACGCCAUUGCAGUCCCGGGAUGGAUUGCAGGUUUUGGUGGAUGCAGCUGCCCCAUGCCUGGACUGUCUUCUGGGGAAAGCUGCUCCUGUUGUCGUUAUGGGCAUCGAGCCCUCACCCAGACCUCCUGCUGGUGCCAUAGAUGUCCGCAGUUGAGCUGUGCUGUGGCUAACCAGGCUGACAGCUGAGAUGAGGAUUCACUGUACUCAUUUGGUCAUAAGCUGCUGGGGCGGGUUUUAUUUUAUUUUAUUUUUAUAUUUAAGAAAUGAAAAUACGGGUAUUUUUAAAGAUUCUCCAAAAACUCCAGGAGCCUUGACAGCUAGCAUCAAUCAGCCCAAGACCCCCAGGGAACUCAUGGGAAGUGUCAUAUUUUAAGAGUCCUACAGAAUAUUUCUGGCCUCAAGGGACUGGAUGAAGAGAUUGGACUGAGUCCCCAGGAUGGACAUCUAUCUCCCACGUCACUACAGCAUCUGGAGCCCCUAGGAGAUACUCAGGGAAGCAAAUACUCUUUUGGACUGGCAAGCAAAUCCGACAUGACAAGGUCCACAAACUGUUUCUGCAUCCAAGGGCCCUGACAAAGGCAUGAAGAAACGGAUGCUGUUCCUGCAUAGGCUCCCAAGGGCCCCAGGGAGGUCCAGGUGGAGAGCAUCUCUCAUUCCCAGGGACUGUCCUGGGACUUUGGAAUUUCUUCUCAGCUUUCUCCACCUUUCAAUUUCUCAGCUGUUCCGGAAACAUAAUACUGACAUAAAAACUGCCAUGGAGAGAAACCUAACGUGGUCCCAGGCCCUCCAGGCAGCCCUUCUGAAGGAUCCAAGUUGACCAUGUUCCUGCAAAUCAUCAGUGUGCCUGGACUCACCAGCUAAAAGCCUGGGCCUUCCGCAGCCUUUUCUCUGGGGCACCUAUUCCUCUGCCAGCCCUCCUCCCCUCACCUUCCUUGGGCCCGUCAGGGUCUUUUGUGGUGCUAUGCUUCUCAGAGGCAGGAUCCAAGCAGAUCAGCCCAGCCUAGCCCAGCUCAGGCAGGCCGUGGCCGCUCCAGGGAAAGACUGCCCCAGAAGAGCAGGUUGGAGAGGCUGGGCAGGGGCUCAUGGGGCUAGGUACACUGGGGAAUGUUAGCAAGACUGGGAGGGCGGCCACAUUCCUGUCUGCAGCAGCCCCCAGUGAUGGUCUUCAGCAAUAAAAGUUGUGUGACCUGAGA